CAGCCCACAGGGAGGAGGAGGAGGAGGAGGAGGAGAAGACGAACAACUACUUUUAUCGCGCUGUCAUGUUGUUAAAGCAGUUCAGAAGCCCACAGACCGACUGACACUAACAUUUCAUGGGUACAUUUUAAAGCCUGAGCGCGGAGAGAAAACUACUCCACCACCACCUUCUGAGCGCGUCCUCCAACUUUGCUCCCCAGCGUCCUCUCAAGGCUCCUGCUCAUUUUCCUACGGUGCUUGACGCCCAAAUAUCGUAGUUUUCAUGGGUAAACUCCUUUCGCCCCCGUUGUAGAAACUUCUCUUGGUGCAAAUUUGGUCAAGAUGCAGCUUCGUACGGUUCUGGACGUUAAUGUUGUGGAUGUGCAGAAGAGAAGGAAUCCAUCCAAACACUAUGUGUACCUCAUCAAUGUCACUUACUCCGACUCCACUUCCCACGUCAUCUACAGGAGAUACAGCAAAUUCUUCGACCUGCAGAUGCGAAUCCUUGAUAAGUUCCCCAUUGAAGGAGGACAGAAGGACCCCAAAAAGAGGAUUAUCCCUUUUUUGCCAGGUAAAGUCCUGUUUCGCCGAAGUCACAUCAGAGACGUCGCCGUCAGAAGACUCAAGCACCUGGAUAAUUACUGCAAAGCUCUGAUGAAGCUUCCCUCCAACAUUUCCCAAAGCGAUGAGGUCCUGAAGUUCUUUGAGACCAAUUCCGAGGAUCUUAACCCUCCCACUGAAGACUGUGGAAGUUCUGGGAAGCGUAAAUCAGGUCUGGACGCCUCGGACCCCAUGCUUCUGGAACAGUACGUGGUGGUGGCCAAUUACGAGAAACAAGAGCCUGCAGAAAUCAGCCUUCAAGCGGGGGAGGUGGUCGAUGUCAUUGAGAAGAGUGAGAGUGGUUGGUGGUUUGUCAGCACUGCAGAGGAACAAGGUUGGGUCCCCGCAACCUACCUUAACACCCACAGUGGGACGAGGGAUGACUCGGAGGUUGGCGCCUCUAAAGUUGGGGAAGUUACUAAGCGGCAUAAAGCUCAUCUGAAGAGGCUGGACCGGAGAUGGACGUUGGGAGGUGUCAUCAGCCGGCAGCAGAGCCGAGAAGAGAAGUACGUUACAGUGCAGCCGUAUUCCAGCCAAGGCAAGGACGAAAUUGCUUUUGAGAAAGAAGUUAUUGUGGAAGUGAUUCAGAAGAACCUGGAGGGAUGGUGGUUUAUCAGGUACCAGGAUAAAGAGGGCUGGGCUCCGGCUUCUUACCUGAAGAAGGUGAAGGACGACUUAUCUCCACGCAAGAAGACCGUUACUGGCCCAGUGGAGAUAAUCGGAAACAUCAUGGAGAUCAGUAACCUCCUCAACAAGAAGGCCUCCAGUGAGAAGGACGUGCAGACUGAAGGUGUUCCAGAGAGCCCCCAGGUGGCCAGGAAGGAGAUCAGCCUGCCGAUCCCCUGCGCUGACUCCAGUCCACUUAAUUCCCCGCAGGAUGUUAAGAGUAAAGCAGAGCCCGCUUCGCCGGCGAUAGCCCGCAUCGCUCCUCAUCGGGUGGAAAUUGGUUCCCCUGUUCUCAGACAGAAACCUCCUCCUCGUAGAGACGCAACCCUGGGAUUUCAGCUGCCCUCCCCACCAGAGCCACCUACAGUUGAAGCAGAGUAUUACACCAUUGCAGACUUUCAGUCCUGCAUCUCUGAUGGUAUCAGUUUCAAUGGAGGACAGAAGGCAGAGGUCAUCGAGAAGAACUCUGGUGGUUGGUGGUAUGUCCACAUAGGAGAGAAGGAGGGCUGGGCUCCCUGUUCCUACAUUGAUAAGCGUAAAAAGCCUAAUCUUAAUCGCAGAACAAGCACUCUGUGUCGCCCUAAAGUUCCACCCCCAGCUCCACCUGUAAAAAAGCAAGACUCGGCAGAGACUGCUCCUUCCAGCAGCCCCAGCAGCCCCGGGUCUGAAGCUCCAGAGUCACCCGUGUCUCCCGGAAGGCCGGUGUAUGAAGAGCCAGAAUAUGAUGUCCCUGCCAUUGGAGAUCUGGACCUGGAGUCUGAGUUUGAGUUUUUGAGAGGAGAAGGUUCCUUGGUGGACCCAAAGAAUGAGGACACGUCCUCGGAGAAGGGUUCCCAUCUGUCCUCUAAGCCCUCGCCUGCGUCAUCGCUCCACAGUGCUUCAUUCAAGCUGGGUGAGUCAUUUGAAGAUGGCCACGAGGCAGAGGGAGAGGAAGAGUGUAUCUAUGAGAAUGAUGGCUUCCGGCCCUUCAGAGAAACCCCGGAGAGGCAGUGCAGCAGGGACUCCAAUUCGUCCAAGACAAGUGCUUUGACAGAAACUGGCAAGACUGCAAACUUGACCUCGGCGGGACGGAAACGUGCAGGGAACAAGCUCAAGAUUGACUUGAAUGGCAGCCCGUUUUCAUCCAAAGCUGAGGAGGCCUCUGGUCCGAAAUCUGCCUCCUCUGAAUCCACCCCAGAUCUUUCCAGAUUGCAGAAAGAACAAGAGGAAAGUAAGGUGUCCUCUCACACCAAAUCCUCCUCCAAACCAAAGCCAGUGGUGAGGCCUAAACCACAGAUAACCAAAGCCUCCAGUGCUGAGAAGAUGGACAUCAGCUCCUUGAGAAGACAGCUGCGGCCAACAGGGCAGCUGAAGAAUGGCACCAAAACUAAAGGGGAGGACUCUGAGACAGCUUCAGUCAUCUCCUCUGAGGACUCCUUCUCUUCUCAGAGCACAUCCGAUCUCUCCUCCAUCUACUCCAAAGGCAGCCGCGGAGACUCUGACUUGGAAGGCGGGUGCAGCCUGUAUCGUACCACAGAUCCCUAUGAGAAAGUCCUAGAGUCUGAGCUCAGUUUCCCUGCUGGAGUCGAGGUGGAAGUGGUCGAGAAGCAGGAGAGUGGUUGGUGGUAUGUCCGCUGGGGAGAUACCGAGGGUUGGGCUCCAACUUACUUCCUGGAGCCUGCCAGGCAACAAGAUGACAUGGCAGGGUCCGAGUCUGAUGGAACCCCAACUAAACCUGGAAGCCUCAGUAAGUCCAACAGUCUGGAGAAGAAUGAACAAAGGGUGCAGGCAUUAAAUAACAUUAACCAAAACCUGAAGAAGGUCACCCCACCCAUUCCCUCAAAACCUCCAGGUGGCCUCUCCAAACCUACCGGCUUGUUCAGCUCACGGAAACAGAACAACACCAAACAGCAGCAGGUUGUCAGACCUCAGUCUGUUUUUAUAUCAGCCCCGAUCAGGGACGGUCCCAGCCCUGUUGGCUCUCUCAGGAGAAACGAGUCCCUCAACUCCACAGACCAUCCUCGCGCCAGCCCCACUGUGCGGCGCAACGCCUCCUUUGGCACCGUGCCACGUAGCCUGGUGUCAAACAACUUUGCGUUGCCCAACAGGAACAGAUCUGGUACGGGCAGCGCUGAGUCCCUCGGCCAAAGCUCUCCGAAGAACGCUCUCCCUGUGUCCACAGUGAGGCCCAAGCCCCACAUCAUCCAUAACAACCUGAGAGAGGUGUACGUCUCCAUAGCGGAUUAUCAUGGCGACGAGGAGACCAUGGGAUUUCCCGAGGGGACAAGUCUGGAGGUCCUGGAGAGGAACCCCAAUGGGUGGUGGUACUGCAAGGUGCUGGACAAUGGCAGACCGAGGAAAGGAUGGGUCCCGUCAAAUUACCUCGAGAGAAAGCACUAGCAUCCGAGCGUGGAGGCGGCAGAACUCUUUAACACGCGUGUAAAGACUACUCACAGAGAUGCAUUUAUUUUGUGAAAAUGGCUAACCCCUUUGAUGUUAAAUAAGGACUGACUGAUAUCUUACCCCGGUACCUUUGCCAAAAUAAGCAACAACCGAUCAAAUUGUGACUGAAAAUGACAACGAGAGAUCUGGUGAAAUGAGUCGUCGCCAUACACUGCAGGGUAUCGAGGACUCAGAUGACCCAGACAGAGCGGACACCAGAAUGAGUUUGUGCUAUUUCUCUGUAGUUACCGUUAACUUGAAAUAAGAUGUAGUUUUGUGUCCACUCAUUGAACCUUUUUGUUUUUUUUGUAAGUUUAUAAUGUAUUGUUUUAAAAAGCAUUUAAAGCUUGUUUGCAUGUUUGAAAUGAUUCAUUAUACUGACGACGCCUUGAGCUGUUGAAAUUAAAGUGUUUUUCUACUCCUUCAUUUGACAGAAACUCUGCCUAAGCUGCUUUGUUAGUCUCAUUUUGGUGCUCUCUGCAUGUUUUUUUAUAUCUCUUUAUACUGUAUGUCGCCUUUAUGUGAAAUAUUCUACCCAUUUCAUUGUGUAAUAAUGUCCUUGUGAAACAAUUUGUGAGCAUUUACCUAAAUUGGAAAAGAGUCAAGAGAAGGUUUUUUUGCUGGCUUAUUAUCUAAAAAACGAACUUCCCUCACAUCAGCGAAGAUCAUAUUUAUUCAUUUCAUUAAUAUUGUUUUAUUAUUACUUUUUUUUAUUUUGUACCGUUUCAAAAAAAAAAAAAAUGAAAACAGCGCUAACAUUUCCAAGAACUGCUCUGUUAAAUGUAACUUCCUUUGUUUUUUGAAUUUCUGCUGGGCAGUAAAUUUGACAUCAGUCUUCAGCGGCAGUGUUACUGCGAUGCUCACGUUUGUUUCACGUGAACUGUGUUGACCAGUGACGAUAAACUGAAGUGCCAAAAAAAACGAAUGAACCAAAUAAAUGCACUUUUGAAUAA